AUGACGAAGCGAGACUUAUCCAAACUGGAAAGCGAGGCCCUGGAGUCGAUACCAUACCUUGCAAGCGACGAAAAGGGCUCUAAUCUCAAAGACGCCACAUCGCUGAUAUUGGAGAACAAAAAGGAGAACCAUCCUCAUGUAGCACCCUGGGUGCACUUCGUCGCUGGCGGUAUAGGAGGUAUGGCUGGCGCUAUUAUUACCUGUCCGUUUGACGUUGUCAAGACGCGACUACAGAGCGAUGUCUUCCAUGGGGCGUACAAGACGCAGGCUACUGCACGCACUAAUGUGGUUUACCAAGGUUUAAUGCAUUUCCGGGAGACUGUCGGAAUAAUACAAAAUGUUUACACCCAGGAGGGGUUUCGAAGCCUUUUCAAAGGCCUCGGGCCCAACCUUGUUGGUGUUAUUCCUGCAAGGAGUAUCAACUUUUUUACUUACGGAGUCACGAAGGACACUGCAUCUCGACUCCUGAAUGACGGGCAAGAGGCGCCGUGGAUUCAUUUCCUUGCUGGCGCUACCGCCGGUUGGGCGACAUCGACAGCCACGAACCCUAUCUGGCUUGUCAAGACCAGAUUGCAACUGGACAAGGCUGCGGAUGGCAGGUCGCGUAGAUACAAAAACUCGUGGGAUUGUCUAAAAGGUGUUAUGAGAAAUGAAGGGAUUCUAGGAUUAUACAAGGGGUUGAGUGCAUCGUAUUUGGGUUCUGUAGAAAGUAUCCUCCAGUGGGUUCUUUAUGAGCAGAUGAAGCACAUCAUCAGGCAAAGGUCAAUAGAAGAAUUUGGUGAUAUCAGUGAGGAAAACAAGACUACUUACAUGAAGGUGAAGGAAUGGUGCCAGCGUUCUGGCAGCGCAGGUGCUGCAAAGCUAUUUGCAAGUAUCCUGACGUACCCCCAUGAGGUUGUUAGGACCCGUUUAAGGCAGGCUCCUAAAGAGAAUGGAAAGUUGAAGUACACUGGGCUUUUCCAAUCUUUUAGUCUGAUUAUAAAAGAGGAGGGAUUUGCAUCUAUGUACAGUGGUCUGACACCUCACCUAAUGCGGACAGUUCCGAACAGUAUAAUCAUGUUUGGCACUUGGGAACUAGUAAUAAAGCUUUUGGCAUAA